AUUCCACUAACCAUGCUCGCCAUCAAUACCAUUUCGUCAUUCUCCCCAUCCGUCCCAUCUAGACUAAUCCAUGGCCAUUACUCUGGCAAAGACGAAACUGCCCUUGAAUGCAGACUGGCAGAAUUCCUUCCAACCGAAAAACGCACGUCCGACGCGAUUUUUCGGCCGACCAUCCCGAAAUCCAGGCCCAAAGAUCGGACGGCUCACGACGACGGCGCCGCUGGUCGUGAACGCGGUCUCAGAUUCGAAGACCGACGGUUCCCUAUCGUCGAUAAUCACAGAGCUCGAGAGAGAGGGAGGAGGGGAUGAUACCACGCUGGCCCAAGGACCCGAGAAGCGACUGGCAGACACGUGGCGCGAGAUCCACGGUCAGGAUGACUGGGCCGGGAUGCUGGAUCCCAUCGAUCUGCUCCUGCGGUCGGAGCUCAUCCGGUAUGGCGAGAUGGCCCAGGCAUGCUACGAUGCGUUCGAUUACGAUCCCUACUCAAAGUACUGCGGCUGCUGCAAAUUCAACCGUCGGAUGUUCUUUGAUAGCUUGGGGAUGGUCCACUGCGGCUACGAGAUCACGAGAUAUCUCUACGCUACAUCCAACAUCAAUCUCCCCAACUUCUUCAAGAAAUCACUGAGGCCAAACAUGUGGAGCCGGAAUGCCAACUGGAUGGGGUACGUGGCAGUUUCUUCUGACGAUGCCACGGCCCACCUUGGCCGACGGGAUAUCAUGAUCGCCUGGAGAGGAACGGUCACUUAUCUCGAGUGGGUCGCGGACCUGAUGGACAUUCUACGGCCCAUCUCAUCGGAGGGGAUCCCCUGCCCUGAUCCAACGGUCAAAGUUGAAUCCGGGUUCGUUAAUCUGUAUACGGACAAAGAUGAAGGGUGCAGAUUUUGUAAAUUCUCCGCCAGGGAGCAGAUCUUAACAGAAGUGAAGCGAUUGAUCCAACGGUAUCCGAACGAUGAACUGAGCAUCACGAUCACGGGCCAUAGCUUGGGCAGUGCACUGGCUAUUUUGAGCGCUUACGAUGUGGUCGAGACGGGUCUGAACGUGACCGAAGACGGGCAGGUCAUACCCGUAUGUGUGUUAUCGUUCUCGGGGCCCCGAGUUGGGAACGUGCGGUUCAAGGAACGGUUAGAGGGUCUCGGAGUCAAGGUCCUGAGAGUGGUGAACGUCCAUGAUUCGGUCCCUAAGGUGCCGGGCAUAUUCAUCAACGAGCAUGUGCCGGAGCUGAUCCGACGGUUCGCAGAGGGGUUCCCAUGGAGCUAUAGCCACGUGGGAGUAGAGCUGGCGCUCGAUCACAAGCAUUCGCCCUUCUUGAAGGAAACCAACGAUCUGUCUUGCUUCCAUAACUUGGAGGCCCACUUGCAUAUGCUCGACGGGUACCAUGGAAAAGGGCAGAGAUUUGUGCUGGCGAGUGGGCGGGACCCAGCAUUGGUGAACAAGGCCUGUGAUUUCUUGAAGGAUCACCAUUUGGUGCCCCCACAUUGGAGACAAGAUGAGAACAAGGGGAUGAUUAUGAGCAUAGAUGGACGGUGGAUGCAGCCAGAAAGGACCACCACCGACGAUCAUGAUCAUUUCCUAGAUAUAAACCAUCUUCUUCGGCAUAUUGGCUUGGGUUCUGAGUAGCAAAGGUGAAGAAUCUCUCUCUUGUGCAAGAUCGUAGCCGUUCGUUGCAAACCCAACAGUGUGGAUUCGAUGUCUGUAAGAUUGAACUAUCUCACAUGAGCCAUACUUGUACAGAAUAAACGAACAGUCAAGAAAAAAUUGAUCACAAACUAUUCAAAUUCAAUGUACAAGUGUGGCCCACCAGAUGAUUGUAUCUGUUUGAACUAAAGUAGGAUCGUAUACACGUGUGAGACAUUUGAAGUUGUGUACUUGGUAACUUUUGAAAGUGACCACUAUUACUUGUGAUA